UCGAAUCUCGUCGCUCUCGGACCGCUCAUCGGAUUCGAUCGACCCUCGCGACGCGCGCGCACCUCGCCGCCGCGCCCUGACCGCGCGCUCUCCCGUCCAUCGCAUCGCCCGCGCGACCGACAGUCACGAAGGCCUCCACCGCGGCGGCGCCGGCAAGGGCGGAUGGGGCGUGCCCGGCGAGGAGGCCGAGGUCACCCUCGGCGACGUCGCCUCCGCCGAGGAGGAGCGCGAGGAGGUCGUCGCCCGCGACGAGGACGACGAGCGCGCCAAGGCGGAGAAGCCCGAGUUCUCCGCGAAGAUCGACGACGACGACGCGUUUCCGAUCCUCGGUGGGAAGUGAGCGGCGUUUCGCGGCGUUCCGCGUCGAAGAAUCACUGGCUGGACCAUUUAAUAAUCCCACCACCGUCGCUGAUCCCGCUCUCAUCGCUCGCCCCCGACCAAUCUAAAGCGCGCGCGCUAGCUAUCGACGCGACGCGGCGCGCUCCCUACGCGACGUACUUCCGCGCCGCGCCCCCGAUCGACCGUCCCGAGUCGCUCCGUCUGCUCAGCGCGCCCCCCGACCUUCGACCUCCGCCGUCGUCGCCGCCGCCGCCGUCGCCCGCGUCGCUCGCGUCUCGGCGGUCCACCUCGCCGGGGUGCGCCUUCCAUACGAGUGAUGAUAUCGGGGUGGAGUUGAAAGGCGUCAGAAGCGGAGUUGAAAGGCGUCGAGGUGUGUCGGGAUUGAAACCGUGGCGUGGGCGGAGAGAUGCGACGGCAAAAGUCCUCAAGGAUCGGCUUUCACAUCGCCGACGCGGUCGUACGGGGACCGGUGUGAAACGAGAACGUACCCCGCCACCGCCUCCGCCGCCCAUGACGGAUUUCCCGCUGCCGCCGCCCCGGAGCUGCUUCCGCGAUCGCCGCGUGCCUUCGCCGACGCCGCCGCGCGCGCCGAGCGCAGAAGCGCGGCGCGUCGGUCCAGCCGCGAACGUCCCGCGGCCGCCGCCGCCGUCUCGGUCACUUUUCCCCUCCUCCGCCGCCGCCGCCCUCGCGGCGGCCUCUCGCUUCUCCCGCACCGCCUUCGCGGCCCAGCUCGUGGCGCUCGCGGUCUUCGCGUCCCUCUUCGCCAUCUUCUCGUCCCGCAGCGCGUUCAGAACAGCCUCGAACGACAGCUGUCCGGGCGGCGUGGAGUUCAAAGGCGUCAGUUGGCGUUGA